CAGGGGGGAGGAAGACGCCGCCACCUCUAUCGUUUGUAUGUGGGUAAGCGUGCUGGUGUCGCCCGAGCACGCCUCUCCUGAGCUCUUCCCACUGUCCGAUACUUGCGUGACCGACGCUCUAAUUCCUUGCUCCGCCCGUUUCAGCCAUGGAAUCUCCGGCGGUUCCUCCGCUCUUAUUCCCUCUGUGAUCUCAACCCCUGCGGCGAGGAAAAGAGAGAGAAGAGGAAACACAGCACCGAAAACAGUGCAUUAAGUAAAACAAAUCGAAUUAAAAGCGGAAGCCUUUCGAAAGAUCGUAUUUUGAGAGUUCCUGAGGUUAAUAAUGGUGGUUUGCCAUGUGGGUGUUCGAUUUCCUGGCCUGGCGUUGAGGGUUUUGGGAGAUUGAACGCGGACUUUGGCGGGGAGAGAGUAAAAAGGGAGACCGCUUUUCCUCUGUUUUUGUUCCGAGGUUUUUUGUCCCUUUUGAGCAUGGUCGUCGUCUGAGAAGUUUUUCUCAGGGCUCCUCCCGGCUGUGGAGGGCUUGGAAGGGAGUUCCAUUCGUGUCCUCUUAUUCUGUCAGCGUUUUCUGAUCUUCUUUUGGUAUUUUCUUCUUGGAUGAUAGUUUAAACGCUGUCCUCUGUCUUCCUUCCACCAGCCUAUGCUAGUUCCUCCUGGUUUUCUUUUGUUAUAAACUUUUAUUGUUUGUAUUUAUAUAGCUAGUUGGUGUUUCUUCAAUACAGUUGUAAUCUUUUCUGGUUCCUUUCCCCUGUGCACUAAAACAGAAAAAGUCGCUCUCUGUUCCUCUUAAUUCUUUCUUCCAUUAUUUUCCCUCCAAACAAAAAAAAAUCUUUCUCCCAUUAACCAGAAGAGUCAUGGAAGAAGAUUUUAGGAAAGGAGAAGAAUGUCCUCAUCUGCUUGAUCUCAUUCCAAAUGAGAGAGAUUGGAUGGUCAAGGAAGUGGGUGGAGGAGGAAAAGGAUUUGGAGUCAUAGAAGAGAAAAAGCUUGAGCUGAGGCUUGGCCUCCCUGGGAGUGAAGACUGGCCAGCAGUUAUGGGGAAACAAGAAGAGCAUUCUGUUGAGUCUGCUCUAUCUCUUGGUCACUACAAGCUUUGUAAAACCUCAGGCAUCAAUCCUUCUUCUGUUGGAGCCAAAAGAGGAUUUUUUGACACAGUUGAGUCCAAAACAGAAGUUUUUCAACAGCAGCAACAACAGCAUCCUGGCUUUCUCCAACUUCAGGCUAAAGGGAAGGACUUAUCACCGAAGACAAAUGGGAGAGCAGAGCAGCAGAGCCUUGAGAGAAAGGCAUGUGGAUCUUCAGUAGCGCAUGGUUCUGCUGCUGCUCCUUCUCGUAAUGCAGCUGGAGCCAACAACAGCUCCCAGACAAGCAGGACUGCCACAACUCCGGUUGUUGGGUGGCCUCCCAUUCGUUCCUUCAGAAGGAAUCUUGCAAGCACUUCCAAACCAUCCCUUGAAUCAGAGAAUGGAGGCCUGGAAACAGCAAUUAAGCCUGAGAAUGGUGGGAAAGGCUUGUUUGUGAAGAUCAACAUGGAUGGAAUACCCAUUGGAAGAAAAGUAGAUUUGAAGGCCUAUGAUAGCUAUGAGAAGCUUCCUCUGGCCGUCAAUGAGCUCUUUCAAGGCCUUCUUGCAGCUCAAAGGGAUCCUCUUGCUGCUGGAAAUCAGAAGAAUCCUGAAGAAAAGCCAGCAAUUACAGGUUUACUAGAUGGAAAUGGCGAAUAUACUUUGGUUUAUGAAGACGAUGAAGGCGACAAGAUGCUGGUGGGGGAUGUCCCUUGGGACAUGUUUGUUUCCAUGGCGAAGAGAUUGCGUGUGUUGAAGAGUUCCGAGCUUUCUGCAUCUUCUCUUCUCCAGCUGGGAGCAGUCACCAGGAAAAGAACAGCAGCCGAGUGUUGAGAUGGGAAGAUGAGGAUCUGUUAUAGAUUGUACAUUGAACAUCUACUUCUUUUUGGCAAGCUUUGGAAGAUGCUUCUAAGUGGAUCUUUUUUUUUUCUUCCUUGACUUCUCUCCUUAAGAGCGAAGCUCAAGCUUUUCGAGCUAUCUUCGGCGUUUCCUUUCAGAUCUGGGUUUACGGGAAACAACGAGAAAGAUGCUGGUAGGAAUUUGAUAGUAUCUCAUAUGUAAAUGUAUAAGGAAGACAGUAAUGUUUGGAGCUAUGAUAAUUAGCUAUGUAUUCAUGAAGCCGAUUUUAUUGCGGUUUCCUGUUCUCAGUUCGUGCAGAUCUAAUUCGUAAGUGUGAGAAAUCUAUUGAAAUAUUUCGGCUAGCCCUUAGCAUAACAA